UGCCAACUGGACUGGAAAAUGACGUCAUUGUGCUGUAGUGCCUUUAAGACGUUCCCUUUAAUUACUACCAUUGAGUUUUGCUUGCUGUGUCGUGGUGGCGUCCGAUUUCUGUCGGGGGACGUUAAAGCGGCCGCUCGAGCGUCGUCUCCUCCUUCCUUUCCACCUUUCUUUUUUUUUUAUUUUCUUUAAAAAAAAAAAAAAAUCCAGCUCUUCUCUUUUAUUUCCCACCCUAUUUUUUAUUUGUGUGCUGAAAUGGUACCGGUCCGUUCCGUGCUCUCCGUCUGCUUCCUGGUUCUCCUGCUCGUGCCCCGCCGAGCCCGGGGCUACUUUCCUGAGGAGCGGUGGAGCCCCGAGUCGCCGCUGCUCGCACCACGCGUCCUGCUCGCGCUCAUCUGCCGCAACUCGGAGCACAGCCUGCCUCACGUCCUGGGCACCGUGGAGCGCCUGCGCUACCCGAAGGACCGCAUGUCCCUCUGGGUGGCAACGGAUCACAAUGUAGACAAUACCACAGCCAUCCUGCGCAACUGGCUCAUCAAGGUGCAGAGCCUCUACCAUUAUGUGGAGUGGAGGCCUCAAGAGGAGCCCAGGUCCUACGAAGAUGAAAGUGGGCCGAAGCAGUGGACAAAUGAGCGUUACGCACAUGUGAUGAAGCUCCGGCAGGCGGCUCUGGAGUCUGCUCGUGACAUGUGGGCUGAUUACUUCCUGUUGGUGGACUGUGACAACCUCCUGACCAAUCAGGAUGUCCUCUGGAAGCUCAUCGCCGAGAACAAAACUGUUGUCGCGCCCAUGCUGGAGUCCCGAGCGGCCUACUCCAACUUCUGGUGCGGGAUGACCACGCAGGGUUACUACAAGCGGACUCCUGCUUACAUACCCAUCCGCAAGCAGAUCCGCAAAGGCUGCUUCGCUGUUCCCAUGGUGCACUCCACCUUCUUGGUUGACCUGCGCAAGGAGGCGUCUCGCCAGCUGGCCUUCCACCCACCCCACCCCGACUACAGCUGGGCGUUUGAUGACAUCAUAAUCUUUGCCUUUUCUGCCCGCAUGGCAGAUGUCCAAAUGUUUGUGUGCAACAGAGAGACUUAUGGGUACCUCCCCAUCCCUCUGCGUACCCAUGGUACCCUGCAGGAUGAGGCUGACAGCUUUCUGCACACCCAGCUAGAGGUCAUGGUGCGCAAUCCUCCAGUGGAACCUUCCAGAUUCAUUCCCCUUCCCAAGAAAGUUCCGGAUAAGAUGGGCUUUGAUGAGGUAUUCAUGAUCAAUCUGCUGCGGCGGGCUGACCGUCGUGAGCGCAUGUUGCACACUCUGUUUGAGCUGGAGAUCGACUGCAAGGUCAUUGCCGCUGUGGAUGGCAAAGCGAUGAAUGUCAGUCAAAUCCACGCUAUGGGCAUCCACAUGCUUCCUGGCUACAGUGACCCGUAUCAUGGCCGACCGCUCACCAAGGGAGAGCUUGGCUGCUUUAUCUCCCACUACAACAUCUGGACUGAGAUUGUGGAUCGAGGGCUGAAGACUUCUUUGGUGAUUGAGGACGAUCUGCGCUUUGAGGUUUUCUUCAAGCGCCGGCUGCAGAAUUUGAUGCGUGAGGUGGACAGUGAGGGCUUAGACUGGGAUCUCAUCUACAUUGGAAGGAAGAGGAUGCAGGUGGACCACCCAGAGAAAGCCGUACCCAACAUCCACAACCUUGUGGAGGCUGACUACUCCUACUGGACGCUGGGGUACAUGAUCUCGCUCCAGGGUGCUAAGAAGCUGCUGAAGGCAGAGCCUCUGUCGAAGAUGUUGCCAGUGGAUGAGUUCCUCCCUGUCAUGUUCAACAAGCAUCCUGUCUCAGACUAUAUGGAGCAGUUUGAAACGAGAGACCUGAAGGCGUUCUCAGCAGAACCCCUUCUGGUGUAUCCCACCCACUACACGGGUGACCCUGGGUACAUCAGCGACACAGAGACCUCCACAGUGUGGGACAACGAGAAGGUCCGAACAGACUGGGACCGUGCUCGGGCUGGCAGCAAGACCCACGAGCAGGCAGAGAUCAGCAGCGAGGCUCAGAACACAGAUGUGCUGCAGUCGCCACUGGACAGUGCGGCUCGGGAUGAGUUAUGAUCAUUUCUAUCAGUGAUGGAGAACAAAUUAGGAAAGAAAGCAUUUGGUACUGCUUUUCUGUCCGGUGUUAUUUCUUUUUUUU